UAAUAUUCUCGUUCCCUUCAUGUGGAUCCAUAAGGACGGCGGCCAAGGUGUGAUAUUCGGCUGCAGGUAUAUUAACCAGGCCUACUUGGACAGCUACGCGAAGAUCGCGCGCGAGCAACCGGAUGGGCGUAUUCCAGUGGAUGAUCUUAUAAAAGACAUAAACCUCAGUGCUCUGGCGAAUCCUGUUCGCAAGCAGCGACUGACCACGAUGGUGCCGAUGGAUGUGAACUGACCAUUCCGACUAUGGCAUCACCUUGCACGACGUUGUGUCUAUCGCUGAUGACGGUUAGAAUCCCAGACCUUCUACAUGUUCCUG